CAAAAACAGACAAACGUCAAAAAGGGUGCUUUCUCGACAGCUUCGACUCUCGUUUUCGAAAAAAAGUCGUCUUUGUGCCAAUUUGUGAUUGUUUUUGAGGAACAAAAAUAUUUUCGUUCUAAUUCACGUAACCAUCGGAAGUGUCCCUCCGUGAUCAGUAUGAGCCAACCGCGCCCAAACGAGGAAAAGAUGGACAUCGACAGCGAGGUGGAUCUAUCGGCUGCCGGUGGAUCCGGCUCCAGUGCAACCGGUUCUGCUGCUGCUGCUGCUACAUCGAUUAGUGGUGCUGUGCCACCGUCCGCUGUACCGCCUACAAAACCGUCCUCUUCCGGCGAAUCGCGGAACGUUAUGGCCGGAAGCGCAACGGUUCCCUCGGUUACCUGCUCGCUCCAUCCACUGGUGAUUAUGAACAUUUCCGAUCACUGGACCAGAAUCCGCGCCCAGAAGGGAUUCAAAUCGCAGGUGUAUGGGGCUCUAAUUGGGAAGCAGAAGGGCAGGAACAUUGAAGUGAUGAACUCGUUUGAGCUGAAGUUCGAUCUGGUCGACGACGAGGUGCACAUUUUGAUGGAUUAUUACAACACCAAGGAGGAACAAUACAAACAAGUUUUCAGCGAUCUGGAUUUCUUGGGAUGGUACACGACUGGGUCAGUUCCAUCCGAGAAGCACAUCAAUAUCCACAAACAAAUUUGUCAGAUCUAUGAGUGCCCGAUUAUGAUGCUGCUCGAUCCUACCAGCCGUAACAUGAAUCAGUUGCCCAUCUCACUCUACGAAUCGGUGAUCGAUAUUGUGCAAGGGGAUGCUGCUAUGCUCUUUGUACCCUUAACCUACACUUUGGCCACGGAGGAAGCCGAGCGGAUUGGGGUGGACCAUGUGGCGCGCAUGUCAACGAACGAUUCGGACGAAAAUUCUACGGUGGCGGAACAUUUGCUGGCUCAGCACAGCGCCAUCAAAAUGCUCCAUUCGCGGAUCAAGAUCGUGCUGGCGUACAUCAAGGCCGUGGAAAGUGGCCAGCUGGAGGCGAAUCAGGAGAUUCUUCGCGGUGCUUACUCGUUGAGUCGCCGGCUGCCGGUCAUUCAGAACCCGUCGUUCAAAGAGGAAUUUUAUACGCAAUCCAAUGACGUCGGCCUGAUCACAUAUCUCGGUGCACUGACCAAGGUUUCCAACGAUAUGAACCAACUGGUGAAUAAGUUUAACGUUCUGUACGAUCGCCAAGGCAUGGGAAGAAGGAUGCGGGGCCUUUUCUUUUAAGUUUGACAUUUCUUUCCACAAAGGUAAAUAUGCACCUAAUUGAACUCACUAAUGAGUAUAAUGGAUAUUUCUGCGUUCUUUAUUGAAUACAACUUCUCAUUUAAAUGAUACACCGAGCACAGCCGAA